AUUGGACACACUUCUAGAAAAUUCGGGUACGAGCACGAAUGAAGGAACUAAUGCGGCAAUAAACCGGCGUUUAUACGUUAGAUUGAUCGAUUGUAGAAUUCAGCAACGUGUUUCUCUCUUCGUGUUAUUCGGAAGAUAAGCAAGAUUUAAUUGUUCUUGUAAUAAAUUGAGACAAAUUUUAGUUUACGAUGGCUGCUAUGUCCGUCAUUGGUAUUGAUUUCGGUAACGAAUCAUGUUAUAUCGCUGUGGCUAAAGCAGGUGGUAUUGAGACAAUAGCCAACGAUUACAGUCUCCGCGGUACUCCAUCAUGUGUCGCAUUUUCACCGAAAAAUCGAAUAUUGGGAGUGGCUGCAAAGAACCAAAUGGUCACAAAUAUGAAAAACACUGUUUUUGGCUUCAAGAGGCUGUUAGGUAGAAAAUUUUCUGAUCCAUAUGUUCAGAAAGAGCUGAAACAUUUCCCCUUCAAGGUUGAACAAAGACAGGAUGAUGGAAUCGGCAUUAGAGUCAACUAUCUGGGUGAAGACAAUGUCUUUACUCCUGAACAGAUAACAGCUAUGCUUCUCACAAAACUGAAAGAAAGCGCAACCAUAGCGUUACAGACACCCAUUAAUGAUUGUGUCAUAUCUGUACCCAGCUACUUCACAAACUCUGAAAGAAAUGCUUUGUUGGAUGCUGCCAAUAUUGCAGGAUUGAAUGUAUUACGCCUUAUGAACGAGACCACUGCCACUGCUUUGGCUUAUGGUAUUUAUAAACAAGAUUUACCUGCUCCAGAGGAAAAGCCCAAGAAUGUAGUAUUUGUUGACUUUGGUCACAGUUCACUUCAGGUGUCUGCAUGUGCUUUCAACAAGGGUAAGCUGCGUGUUCUGGCUACGUCAACUGAUGCUCAAUGUGGUGGAAGGGACAUUGACAUGGCAUUGGCUGAUUAUUUCUGUCAAGACUUCAUUAGUCGAUUAAAGCUAGAUGCUAGGAAAAACCAAAGGGCUUUCCUUCGGCUGCUGCAAGAAGUUGAGAAACUGAAGAAGCAGAUGUCUGCUAACAGCACUCGCCUUCCUAUCAAUAUUGAGUGCUUCAUGGAAGAGCGCGACGUUUCCAGCGAAAUGCAGCGCUCACAGAUGGAACAAAUUUGUGCUGAGACCUUCACACGCAUUGAAAGAACUAUGAGGGCUGUACUACACAAUUCUAAGUUGAGACCUGAAGACAUUCAUUCUGUAGAGAUCGUCGGAGGAUCUACCAGAAUCCCAGCUGUCAAGAACUUGAUUGAACAAGUGUUUAACAAGCAUGCCUCAACCACACUGAACCAGGAUGAAGCAGUGUCUCGUGGCUGUGCGUUGCAGUGUGCUAUGCUAAGCCCGGCAGUGCGCGUGCGUGAGUUCAGCGUCACAGACGUCCAACCUUACGCCGUGCGCCUUGCCUGGGAUGCCACCAAGGGAGAGGAUGGAGACAUGGAGGUAUUCUCCGCUUUCCAUGCUGCGCCAUUCUCAAAGAUGCUGACUUUCUACAGAAAAGAACCAUUCUCUGUGAGUGCUUAUUAUUCGGACCAGGUGCCUUAUCCAGACACUUUUAUUGGCCAAUGGCACAUCAGAGAUGUCCAGCCAACAGCUGAAGGAGAGUCUCAGAAAGUAAAACUCAAAGUGAGAGUGAACAUUCAUGGCAUCAUAACAGUCGCCUCCGCAUCCCUCGUGGAAAAGAAACAAGAUGCUGCUCAAAAUGAUAAUAUAGAAAUGGAGAAUUCAAAUGAAAAUUCUCAGGGACAAGAUGCUGCUAUGGAUACUAAUGGUGCCAGCCAAGAUCAGCAACAAAAUGGCCCCGAUAACCAAGAGGUGAGAGACGACGAAAUGAAGGGGGAGCCUCAACAAAAACAGUCGUGGACACAGAAAGUAGGACAGUGGUUCAGCGGGGAUAAAUCCAAGGACAAGACCAAGAAGGUUCUUGUUAAAACCAUUGAACUACCAAUUGAUGCUCAGACACAUGGACUUGCCAAACAUGAUCUGAACUCCUUUGUUGAACAAGAGGGAAAAAUGCAAGCUCAAGAUCGACAGGAAAAGGAACGUGCUGACGCUCGCAAUGCUUUGGAAGAAUAUGUGUAUGAAUUGCGUGGUAAACUGUCCGAAGGAGAAGCUCUCCACGAUUUCAUCGCGGAAGAUAAUCGCAAUCGUCUUGUCAACCAGUUGGAUGCUCUCGAACAAUGGCUGUAUGACGAAGGUGAAGACCAACACAGACAGGUUUAUAGCGAUAAACUAGCGGAGUUGAGAACAGAAGGCGAACCCAUCAAGCAGCGACGUUUGGAGUACGAACUCCGCCCUGGAGCAUUAGAUGAUUUUUCAAGAGCAAUCCAAUUAGCCAACAAAGCUGUUGAUUUGUACAAAGCUGGCGACAUUAAGUACGCUCAUUUGGCUGAUGUGGACGUUCAGAAAGUAGCAGAAGCCGCUAAGAACGCACUGAACUGGUUGGAGAGUGCUCGCCAGGCGCUCGCGCAUACACCUCGCCACCAGUCGCCACCACACACCACGCAUCAGAUCCGCCAGGAACGACAGACCUUUGAGAAUACUGUGAACCCAAUAUUAAACAAACCCAAACCUAAAGAGAAGACUCCGCCGCCCGCCAACCCUACAGCUGGGGACGGACAGCCUGACUCUGCCGCGCCCAGUGACGCUCAGCAGACACAAGAACAAAUGGACGUCGAAUGAAUGUGAACCACUCCUUAUACUACAUGCACAUAUAAUACUGAAUCAUAAUACUAAAUAAUUACACUCCAUUCACAAUGUUCACUCCUACAUAAAGACUUUCAAGGAUAUUGUAUGAAGGACAACUGUAUUUUUUUUUUAUUCUAAACUACAGUUCUCAUAUGGUGUUAUUGUUUAGUUUUAUGACACAAUCCGCGUUUUCCAUCACGAAGGAACGCACGGACAAAUUAUAGUGAAUAUUUAUUUUUAUUCGAAUGAUGGAAUGGCUGGUUACAAUUUUAAAGUUAUUUUCUACUAUGCUACUAUAAUGCAUUUUUUUACGUAUCGUUUUGUUCAAUCGAAUAACUUUAAUACGCGCAUUUCAAAUUUUAGGCGUAUAACCCGAGUAAUAAAUAGUAUUAAUGUAAUUUAUAUUUUGGUUACAUUUUGUACACCUACUUAAUGCAUUUUUGUGCGAUAACUGCAAUUUUAUUUCAUGUGAUGUGAUAAAAUUGAAUUUAGUUAAUAAUUAUUAUAGCCAAUAAAUUAAUACGAGGGAGCACAUUGAUUAUAAAGGUGAAAUUAAAAUAUUCCUAAUCAAGAAAUGAAUUUCUUGAUAGUACUGGUUUUUAUUUUCACUAAAAUAAUACUUAUGAUUACCUAUAUUUUAAUUUCACCUAUGUGCUAGGCAAUAGAAUAAUUU